AUGAAAAUCCGCAUUGAAGUGUAUAUCCAUGUUCGUCGGGACUUCGCGGUCCAGUUAGCACCACUUCUUUUUGCGGACACCACGAUCCUAUUCCGCAGUCGAACGUUGACAGGCCAACCCGUCUGUCCGAACUCGACCGCUCCGCUGAGGUACUUGAAUAGUAUGUCCAUUCUCUCGAUCCACCCGGCGGCUGUGUUCUAUCCGCAGCCAAAUUUGGGGUUUGGUCCACCGGUCGUGUCCCGUAAACGCUGGUCGCAGAUCCCACAUCUUACCAUAUCUUCAAAGCUCCCCGAUAAUCGCAGUAAACCAAUUUGGUCGCUAGGGAGCAGGGCCAUCCCUAAGGCCACUGAAGUUACACUCCGCGGCAGGUGGAGCUCAUGA